GAUAACGGACCGCAGCGGGCGCGCGAGGUGGCCAAAAAGCAACUGCACGCUCCGUAAACAAACACCGCCGGGAGCCAAAGCCGCCCGCUGCUGCCAUCGCUGCCUCAGACGCCGGCCCCGCGCCCUGCAGUGAGCCGUGCGGUCGCCCAGACGUCAUCGGCGAGCGCUCUCGCUUGUGUAAUAUCUGCGCCACCGCUGGGUGUGGCCUUGUCCACACAACACCAGAACGUGGACCCAUCACUGGCCUUCAACAGUCCACCCUCCGCUGCCCCUGUAGCCAGCACACUACACGCCCUGCACGCCCUGCCACCGGCUCGACCGCGCACACACGUUAAGCCGCCGCGGCUAGCUCCCGCCGUGCCCGCGCGCCGCCCAUCGACCGUCUUCCUGGCCCUCACGCCGCCCCCCGGUCGCCCUCUGGCAAUAUCUGCCAAACAUUCCACCACGCACCCGCCGCUGAAGGAGCUCAGCCUGACCAAUGUCGACUCCAUGUCACAGCUCUCGCACGUCCCGAGAAGUGUCUCACCCCCCGCAUCGGUGAGAUCAAAUCCACCGCCGACCCCCGGCCAUGGAGCUGCCCAACCCUCCUGGCCCGCUCCCGAAGAGGUGACGCCAAAGACCCUCUCGCAGACGGGCCGCUCCAAGACGGCGCCCAUUGGCCUGGAGCAGCUGUGGACGCCAACUGUCGACCAGCCUCAGCUGUCUGAGCGCGACAGUAUUUUUGCGACCACGUACCUGCCCGCCGACAGUCCAACGUCCUCCCCCCCCUCCGGCGCGCCAACGCCAGACACAAACGACAAUUCUUCCGACCAUGGCCCCUCACACAUGGCAGCAUCAGCGUCACCUCCGCGGCGACUGACAGACGCGCCUGUCCUCCGCCAGCGGCGGCCCCCACAACUACACGCCACCUUAAAGCACCACCAGGGCCUCCUUUCGACCCACUUCAAUUCGAGCGGACGAGACGUAUCGAGCAUGAGCUCUGAACACCUGCGCCAGAGUCCACCGCCGUUCAUGAGCCCCGUCGACUCACCCGUGCAUCGACCCACCGUGCCCCACCACCCCGUGCAGUCUGCCGCGCCGUUAGAUGAUAAAAUUGCAGAAAACGAAGAAAGAAUAAAGAACAGGCUGUGGCGAGAAGGAAAGGCUGAGCCCUACCUCCACCACAAGGGGGUAGGUCAGAAUUUGGUUAGAGACGGUCACGUCGAUAAGAAGAUCGAGGCAACGCUCGCCAAAACAGAGCAGCCGGCAACUGCGAGGAGCAGGAAAGCAAGCCACUACCUGCGCGUGUUCAAGGAGAACGAUGCCGCAGAAGAACAAAAGAAACGAGAGGGCCGUCCAAAGGAGCGCCGUCCCACCGAGAGGAGCCUACCCACACAUCAAGAGGACGGAUCUGUCAAGUCGGAAGCCAGUGUUCUUGUGGAGCAACUGCAGUGGCAUUCUCGUGCCUCGUCUGUUGUGCAGUCGCCUCAGAACGGUCCAAUUGAUUCAUAUUUUGACACUGUUCCUGCGACCCAGGAAGGCAUGGGUGGUCCACUAAAAGCCGAUGAAGAACGCUCGAAACGCGAGAUUCCUGCGCGACUCCUCGAAGAAAUUCGGAAUUUUCACAAUCUUACUCCAGGCGCUGACCGAGGAUCGUCCUUCUCGAGGAGUCUCCCUACUGCUGCCGCCGAGAAGAUCCGCUUGUAUGCUCCACAAGGCAGACCAGUCUCUCAAGUGCACGAGCCCUCAGAGUAUUUCCAAGUCACACGCGAUGAGAGUGCCGACCACUCUCACGGUUCUGAAGACGAUGAAUCCGAACGAGAGCAAAUCUCGUCGGCCCUCUACUUCCCUCAUCGCCAGCUGAAAUCGCCUGAGGAAAUUCCCUCCGAAGUAGAGGCUCAGAAGGCAGAGAUCGAAAGUGCUCGGAAACGACCCUCAGUCAGCGCAGGCAAAGCGCCCAAGGUCUGGGCCAAGGACGAAGAGGCUGUAAAGACUCCCCAAGAAGUAGAAAUUUCUCUACAGUCUCAAGAUACAAAUCAAUGCCUGCAUGGUGACAUCUCAACCACAGCUACUAUCUCACAGGAAGAAAGCAAGUCGCUCAUUUCUCCUAUCGUCGAAGCGACUACCUCCGCCGAAUCUGGCUAUGAUUCGCUCGCGGAUUCCUCAAGAUCCGUUCGGGACUAUGAAUCUAGUGCGACUGAUGAUCUAGGAACGACGCCCACCGCAACACCGCGCAAAGAGGGAAAGAAGCCUCCACCUCCAACUCCGACUUCGACUCUGACUCAGGCUCAGCCGCCUGCCCCGCUUGGUGCAGUCGAGCUGAAGCCGUACGAUCAUCAGGUUGGCGGUCAUACAACGGUGUAUCGCUUUUCUCGUCGAGCUGUGUGCAAGCAACUCAACAACCGAGAGAACGAGUUUUACGAGACAGUCGAGCGGCAACACCCUGAGCUGCUAGAGUUCUUACCAAGGUACAUUGGUGUUCUGAACGUAACUUAUCGCAAAGCUCCAAAGCGGAAGAAGACCAACAAGGACAAAGCCAAGGUCGAUGCGGGCAACUCCGCUUCCGCUUCCCAGACUACUGCCGACCCUGCAUCGUCAAGACCGGAGUCAACCGCGCCGAGCCACGGUGGGACAGUUGACGAUUUACCUAGAAUGGUUAGCCAUUCACAGCAAAGCAUGCCCAUACCUCAGGUGGUCUUCGAGAACAAUCGCCACAUCAUCCCGGAUAAUCUCUUUCGGGUGCCGCCACGAUCUGCCACUCCCGAUCCAUGGACAGGCAACUCAUUUUUCCCUUCGCAAUACCACCGCAGGAACCAGAGUGAUAUCGGAUUCACUUACGGAAAGAAUCAAACGCGGCCUCAAAUGAAGCAGCAGAGCAGCUGGGGUGUUACCACCAUCAACAGGAAACUGCAAGAGGAGGUUCUGCGCCAGGUGUUUGCGCCUCCACCUAUUCACCACCGUCACCGUCAUCACCACCACGGCAUGCCACCGCGCAGAUUGAAGGUCGAUUCACAUAGCAUUGCGGGAUCGGCGCCAUCGAUGCGUAGAAACAGCGCCGACGUUUCCGAAGUCAGUAUACCUGCUGAAGAAUCCACGCGAAAGCAGGUGCUCAAAGCCGAAGCUCACCGUCAGAUGGCCGGCACAAAUGCAGAAAGCCUGCCCGAUGAGGCUAGCUAUAUCGUGAAGAAGGAAGUUAUUCCACCGCCAUCCUCUACGCUUCCUCGACGUCGUCAUUCCGGUGGUGGUCUCACACGUCGACCUUGUGGCGUUGAUUCAGACCGGAGGUCUAAUUUGGAGUUUUAUGAGGAAGAAGGAUACGGAGGCGAUGGGGAAGAGGAGGUCUUCGCUAUGGACGAGGAUGCUAAGAUUCCCCCGCAAGUGAGAAGUGGUAAUAAUGAUCGGACUCGCGAAGUUGCAAUCCAGCAUGGCCAGGAGAGUGCGCCUGAAGGCACAAUGCUCCCUGCCCCCGUGACUCCAAAGGCGAAAAACACGCCACCGGCCACCCCAGAACCAGGCAACCCGGAAGAAGCUCAACAACAGCCUGACGAGCGUGUCCAGCAUUUUCUUCUCCUUGAAGAUCUUACGGCGGGGAUGUCAAAGCCUUGCGUGCUCGAUCUCAAGAUGGGAACUCGUCAGUACGGCAUUGAGGCCGACGAAAAGAAGCAACGAUCACAGCGCCGCAAGUGCCAGAUGACGACUAGUCGUGAGCUUGGUGUCAGGGUGUGUGGUAUGCAGAUUUGGAACGUCAAAUCGCAAAGCUACGUGUUCGAAGACAAAUACUAUGGCCGCGACCUAAAAGCCGGAAAGGAGUUUCAGGAUGCCUUGAAGCGCUUCUUCUGGGACGGUAAUGGAUACAAAGCAGCAAUCCGCCAUAUUCCUGUUAUCCUGGAGAAGAUCAGCGCACUAGAAGGGAUGAUUCGAAGCUUGCCAGGUUACCGCUUCUAUGCUAGCAGCCUGCUCAUGCUGUAUGACCGCGGGGAUGGAGAGCAGAAGGAUAAGGAGCCUUCGCCCCUACCGAAUGGUUUCUCGAACUCCAGCACAGAGGACCUUUCUCGACCUACGUCUCCUUUGACAGGUCCGACAUCAAACCCGACACCGAAGAGCCAUCCUGAGAUUAAAUUAAAGAUCGUCGACUUUGCGAACUGUGUUACAGCUGAGGAUCGGCUACCCGAGCAUGUCUCAUGUCCGCCAAGGGAUCCCGACGGCGUCGACCGCGGCUACCUGCGUGGUUUGAGGUCACUUCGACUCUACUUCCAGCGCAUCUGGCGCGAUAUUAACGAGAAAGAUUGGGUUGAGCGUGGUGAAGGCGAGGGAAUGUCGAGAGAUCAUAAUCACGGCCCUGGCAUGGGCGAGGUUGGCCCUGGAUGGAUGGACGCGCCUAACAACGAUGACUUUGGGUACGUCAGCCUUUGA